AUGCCGAGUGAGGUUUCUGGCGACUUCACCCGCUGCUUCUGGAUUCUGGAGAAAUACAAAGGCCAAGCCUUCAGUGAAGUCGCCGAAGCACACUUCCUUGAAGAGCUCGACAGCAGCCUCCAAACUGUUGAUGUUCAGUACCAGAAGAUGCUGAACGAACGCGGCAAAGCGGCUGCAUCGAGCGCGUGGAGAUUCAGCAGACGAUCCCGAGCCAAGCUCUUAGAGCUUCUGGCUCAGCACGACAAGUCCACAAAAUUUUCCUUGGCCAAGACAUGGUCUCGUGGCCACUUGAAUGCUUUGCCGUUCUUCACCGGCUCGCAGGUUUGUGAACAAUUGCGCAGUUUGGCUGGUGCCGACGCGCGUCACACUCCAUACGCAAUGAAGCCGGCCAUGGACGCCGAGAACUUUGAGCGGACCAGCUACAAGUUCGUGAUGAAGUCAGAGGACACAGUCGACUUCAUGUGCGAGGUCCUGCCGCAUCUGCCACUCCACAUCUUCAAGAAAGAUGGACAAGUGCUGGCUGCUACUCACAGCAUCUAUCUCGAUGGCGAGGAUCUUCCUUUGUACCACAAGAAGGCCUCAAAGGAUCCAGAUGGAGCAGUCCUCUUGCGGUUGCGCUGGUACGAUGUCGAUGACCCAGACGCGUUCUACGCGGAAACCAAGGUGAGCAAGAACAAGGUCACCCGAGAGCCUGCCAAAAAGACGCGUGCUCGGAUUGAGAAGAGCUCCUUAAUGGACCUUCUGCAGGGCCGCGGCUUGCUAGGAUCACCCAUCCUCGAGGAGUUUGCAAAGAAGAUCGGGCUUUUACAUGCAACGCCGGUGAUACGGACCACUUCCAGGAGAGUGUGCUUCCAAGUGCCGGAUGAUGCCUCCCUCCGGAUUACGGUCGACCUGGAUUUUGAAGCUGUGCUUGAGGGCGUGAGCAAGGGUGUCUGGCAAUUCGAAAAGAAGCUUGGCCCCUAUGUGCACUUCGCCAGCCAAGAUGCGGUACAAUAUCCCUUGGCCAUUGUGGAAAUCAAGGUUCAAGGUGGAGGUGAGUAUGACCCACCAAUGCCAGCAUGGCUGGAAAAAAUCGUUGAGGCACACAACAUGGUGGAGCUGGAGAUCUCGAAGUAUCUUUUUGCGGUGGCAGCGCUGCUUCCCAACGAGAUCGCCUAUGUACCGGAGUGGUUCCAUGAUAGUCUGGCCCUCCAAACGGAGGUUCACCAGAAGAAGAAGCCGUCUGUCCGGAUUGACCCCCGGACCAUCCUCAAGACGGAGAACAUCACGUUAAAAUGGUUCGGUGUUGCUACCAUCCCCUUGGGUUCAGUCAUUGUCUCAAGCCGUCGUGUGUCUAGGACUUUGCACCUUGUUUCCUUGUCCUUCUCCAUCCUCAUUAUUGUCUACGCCACGCGUCUGUACCUGCUGCGUGUUGAGCUUCUUACAAAUGGAAAGGCUCUUCUUCCAGACAGGAAAGGCAUGGUCUUAGCUGCUGUUUGCCUUUGCGCUUAUGGCAUCCUCUACACUCUCAUGAUUGAUUUUGAGUAG